AUCAGUGUGCUGUACGCCGAGGAUAGCAUGCCGACGCAGAUGAUUGUCAAAGCCUUUUUGAGGAAACUUGGCGACGUCGACGUAACGAUCGCCGCCGACGGGAAAAAGGCAUUGGAUGCGCAUAAAUCUAUGAACUCUAACUUUGACUUGAUUCUCAUGGAUUGUCAAAUGCCUGUGAUGGAUGGUUUGGAAGCGACGACGCGCAUUCGCGAACUCGACUCCGCCAAAUCUGUGGUACCCAUCGUGGGCGUGUCUUCUGGUGUUGAAGGAAUGAGUGAAAAAGAGUGCCGCGACGUCGGGAUGAAUGACUUCGUCCUCAAACCACUGAACGUGCGGAAGUUGACAGAUGUCAUU